AUGGAUUCAUUGGAUUACGAUUUAGUUGAUCGGACUCUCAGCAAUGUUCUGGAUGAGUCUAUAGAGACAGUCAUGAUUGAGAUAAGUCAUGAUUACAAUGAUGUCGAAUUGGAAGCAAUACGUGAUCGUUAUUAUGAUAUCGCUAAAUCACGGAUCUUGGAAACAUGCAACAAUUUAUUCGGACCCCUAGCGCAGCGAGGAAAAUCCGAAAAACCUACAGCACUAAGGCUGAUCAAACGUACAGGUAACAAUAAAUCUAUGACAUUAUGUAAAGACAUCUGCGAUCUCUACUUGUAUGCGAAUAAUCAUGUCGACGACUUUCCCCGUUCAGUUCUAAGUUCGACCAGUUUUCUCCCAGAUGUAAAAAAGGCAAAACGAGAAACUAUGGAAAUUCGUGUUCAGUCUGAAAAUAGGGAUAAUGUCAUUCGACUUGAGGCUAAAGUUAAAGAAUUGAACGCUAAAAUCGUGGAAGUGGAGUCAAAUUGUGAUAAGGUUAUAAUGUCUCAUAAGAAGCAAAUAGAUGUGUUGGAAGCCGAGGUGCACAACAUGUCAACAAUUUUGGACCAGUUGUUAUUGUCCAUAAAUGUACCCAAAUCGCCCACGUGUAUAGAAUCAAGGUCUGAUACAGCUGCUUCUAAGCCAAUUAACGCCACAGCACUGCACUCUACCCAAAAUAUAGCCAUGAAAUCAGUCAACUGCAAUGAUCGUAGCAAUACUCAAGUGACUAAUCAGCCUGAUAAACAUGAUACGGGGUCAAAAACUGGCGCCAAACAAACUGUCUAUACACCUGAUGAAGGGUCAAAAUCUGGUAAUAAACAAACAGUCGUUUCAUCCAACCCUUCUAAACCGAGGGAACCUGAAAUUCCAAUAUCGUAUAAAUCGGCCGUCCAAAGGGGCUCCAGCUCUGGUAAACGCCUAACUAAUAACCCGGCGUCUCCACCAACUAACAACACUGCAAGUGCUUCAAACGGACGUAACUCCGAAGUCUUCACAAAACUUGCCAAGAAACCAGUCAAGCCUCUUACAGGUCUCAAAUUCGAGAGAACAAAAACGGUCUAUGUGAGCAAUAUACGCAUGGAUUUCAAUGAUGAGGACGAUGAUGUUAUUGAUCGUGUUAAAUCGCAUGCCACUUCGAUCAAUUUGAACAUUAUUAAGAUCGUCGUUGUACAUAAUAGAUUCAAUCGAUAUAGAGUUGGCUGUAAGAUGGACAUACCAGAGUCUGGAUUAGAUGAUGCGCUUGACAGCGAGAAUUGGCCACAUCCGAUUGAAUGCAGAGUCUGGACGCGGUUUAAGACUCGUGGGAGCCGCACUGAUACUACUAGGCGACAACCUGAUAGACAAUCUUCAGAGAUCACUACUAAUCUGACCAGAAAAAAGGAUCGCACGCCAAGCAGGGAUGACAUCCACUAUCAAUCCCAUUAUCGCUCUGAAUAUGAGCAUGAUAGCAAUGGCAUCGACCACACUUACAAUCGACACGAUGAUACAUCCGAUUAUGCCUACAAUACCCGAUAUAGUACCUUCCAUAGGGAUGAGCGCAACCAAGGACCGAGUACAUACAGCAAUGACGAUGACUACAAUGCUCGAGAGUACCUCGCCGAUCAAGAUGAGCGCAUCCGCGCACCACGUAAGCAAUGUGAUAACUAUGAUUCUUAUGAUAAUCAAAGGCCCAAUCAUAGGGGCCAUUAUGACAGUUAUAACGAUGAUACCUGGGACUAUCACCUACAAGAUAAUGGCCAGAGGUACCAUACACGUUAUCCCGCGAGCACGGAUGAUCGAGCUGAUUGGACCUAGGCUACUUCUAUUGUCUAUACAGUUUUACAUGUGCUUUUAAUAAUUGUCUGUAUAAGUGUAUAUAGUGUAAAUAUGACAAUCUUGAAAAUUUCUGCUUUUAAUCUCAAUGGGUUUAACACUUCAAAGGAAUAUCUUAACCAGUUGCUGGCUGAUUUCGAUAUUGUUGGAGUGUCAGAACAUAAGCUCUACCCC